AACAUUAAAGAUGAAGAGGAGGAGGAGAAGAUUGGGAAAUCUGUUUCUCAUGGUGACAUUGAGACAUUCUCUACAUCCAGAAAGCAGCAGGAAGAUCACAGAGCUAAGAUGUCUCACCACUGCCCACAUUGUGAGGAGAUUUUCCCAAUGCUAUCAAAGCUAAAAAUACACCUGAAAAUACACACAGGAGAGAAUCUGUAUUCCUGCACUGACUGUGGGAAGAGCUUCACAACAUCAAGGGCUCUGACAGUUCAUCAGAGAGUGCACACAGGAGAGAAGCCUUACUCCUGCUCCGACUGUGAAAAGAGUUUCUCCCGAUUGGAUAAGUUAAAUAGGCACCAACUAAUACACACAGGAGAAAAGUCUUACUUCUGCUCUGACUGUGGGAAUUGUUUUGCCCAAUUUAAUACCUUAAAAUCUCACCAGCGUAUGCACACAGGAGAGAAGCCUUACUCCUGCUCUGACUGUGGGAAGAGUUUCUCUCAACUGGGAAGCUUACAAACACACCAACGUAUUCAUACGGGAGAGAAGCCUUACUUCUGUUCUGACUGUGGAAAGAGCUUUAGAACAUCAGGGGCUCUGACAGUUCAUCAGAGCGUGCACACUGGAGAGAAGCCUUACUCCUGCUCUGACUGUGGGUGCAGAUUCUCUCAACGGAGAAACUUAAAAAACCACCAACAUAUACACACAGGAGAGAAGCCUUACUCUUGCUCUGACUGUGUAAAAUGCUUCACAACAUCAUAUGAGCUAACAGUUCACCGGAGAACACACACAGGAGAGAAUCCUUACUUCUGCUCUGACUGUGGGAAGAGUUUCUCCCUAUUGGAUACCUUAAUCAAACAUGAACGUAUACAUACAGGAGAAAAGCCUUACUCCUGCUCUGACUGUGGGAAGAGUUUCUCUCAACAGAGUAACUUAAAAAGACACCAACGUUCACAUACUGGAGAAAAGCCUUACUCCUGCUCAGACUGUGAAAAGAGUUUUUCCCAAUUGGAUAAGUUAAAUAGUCACAAGCGAAUACACACAGGAGAGAAGCCUUACUCGUGCUCUGACUGUGGGCAAAAUUUCUCUCAACACAGCAGCUUACAGAAACACCAACGUAUACACACAGGAGAAAAGCCUUACUUCUGCUCUGACUGUGGAAAAUGCUUCACAACAUCAUCUGAGCUAACAGUUCACCAGCGAACACACACAGGAGAGAAGCCUUACUUCUGCUCUGACUGUGGAAAAUGCUUCAAAACAUCAUCUGAGGUAACAGUUCACCAGAGAACGCACACAGGAGAAAAGCCUUACUCCUGCGCUGAAUGUGGGAAGAGUUUCUCUCAACAGAGCAACUUAAAAAAACACCAAUGUUUACAUGCAGGAGAAAAGCCUCACUUCUGCUCUGACUGUGGGAAUUGUUUUACCCAAUUAUAUACCUUAACAUGUCACAAGCGUAUACAUACAGGAGAGAAGCCUUACUCGUGCUCUGACUGUGGGAAAAAUUUCUCUCAACACAGCAGCUUAAAGAAACACCAACGUAUACAUAAAGGAGAAAAGCCUCAUCAGUUCUCUCAGACCAGCUAAGAUUAAAGUCCAUCACUUAAUUCUCAUGUCAUAAAGUAAGUGGUAACACUGAAUUGGAUCCUAUUGUUUCUCACUGUGAGAACUGUGCAGAGGAAAUGGAGAAUGUUAGCCUCACUUUACUAAUCAGUGUACACCUUGUCAGUUUUGGUGUGUUUUGUUAGCUUCUACUGUAAAGAUAUUGAGAUGACCUUGGAUUUGUCCUUAAGGUUGAAUAACCUCUGCGGUUUCUCUUGUUGAAAAUACGGAGUCUGAUGGUUGACCUGGUGGUACUGCUUCCCUCUGCAGUUCUCUGUGGGAAUAAGCUAGUAGACACAACAUGUAUCAGAUAGAGAUGGUGUGAGGAUCAGUUUUCACCUUUUGUUUGGGUGGAUAUAUAUGUUUUGACUACUAAGGGACUAUAAGGUAUUUAUAAUAAGGGAUACCUGGAGAAAAUCAUAUCUCUCUGAAAUGGAAAUGGAUGGCCCUCCCUUCAGUUAAAUAUAUUUUUACCCGACCCUUCCUGAACACUUGACAACAAAAAAAACAAGUGACCCUUGUCGUGGACAUUUCCUUAAUUACCAACUGAUGAGAGAGCAAAUCACACAUGAGUCAGAGCUAUGCUUAAUCUUCACCUUUAAUAAUAAUUAAGCUUUUGCAAUAGCAUUUUGACUUUCAACAGUUCAGUAUCUCUAAUGAAAAGUUGAGAGUGCCCAACAUAAUGGCAAAUGGGUUCCUUUAUAGCAAAGAUCCACCCCCCUAGACGACAUGACAAAACACAGGUCUUAGGAACUUACACAAAGAAAGACUUUACUUCAGAGAGGAGUAUCCCCUAGUCAGACAGAGUUGGCUAUAAAUUAUCGUUCAGUUUGGUCUCCUAAACAAAGCUCUUAUCUCGUCCUUGGUACAAAAUGGUACCAAGACAUUACCCCCGCCCUAUGAUAUAUAUCAAAUUUAGAUAGAACCAAUUCUAAAUACAACCAAUCCUGGACAAACUCACGGAGAGGAGAGUGACCCUAUAGGUCAACAAAGAGGGAGCAUAGAAUGAUUCCAGACACUGCCACCCUCCUUUCCCCGAUGAGAAAAG